AUGGUUCGGGUCUCAGAUGAGUUGCUACUGUCGCCCGAUGAUGUAACACCUUACUACACUACUGACAUCUAUCUGGGAAACCUACCUGUUCUAGUCUUUCAUGGCCCUUCAACUAUCACAAACUCAACAUUGAAUGGCUCAAGAAUUCAGCUACAUAUUUUUACCGCCGCUGGUUUUCAAAGCUAUCAACGCCUAACUAUUUCACCAAGUUCGCCUAACUUCCAGUCUGUAACCCACUUACCGCGAGAAAAACAAGGCAAUGAGGUAUGCCGUGGUAUCGCUUUUGGGAUUUUGAAAUACUUUAAGGAACUUUCCGAAAACGCGAAGCGUGCCAUCGCCUAUAGCCACACAGAUUUUCGUGAAAAACGAUCUAAUGCUGCCUCUUUUCUAUUCACUAAACAACAUGCGGCCGAUCUUGCAGGCUCAAUGAUCAAGGUGGAAAAUGUUAUAGAAGUCGUACAGGAUAUUCAUGCGGCGCUUCGGCCGCAGAAUAUCAAUCAUAUUGAUGUGGAUCUAGUUUUACCCCCAGGAUCUAUAAAGCCUAUCCAGGAUGUAGAAGAAGAGAUGGAUAUAGAUGAUAACAUUUCGGAAUUAUCUCUGAAGCAAUAUGGAGAUUAUGCACCUCUAGUAAAGCUAUUCGGCGAAGUGACGUUCCUGCCAACCUCAAGGCUGCGAAGGGCGCCGUCUCGAGCAACUUCUAUUAAUCGUGAACGAACCUUUAUGAAGGAACAAAAGAUGUCUCUGCGACGCGAAAUGGGUGAAUUUGUUGAUACGGAAGAGAGAUAUGUUAUAAAAAUAUAUGAGCUUGUUCAUUCUACCGCGAAUGAGUUUAGAGACCAUGUUAAAAAUCGCAAGUUUGAAAGCUCAAAUCCUUCUGAAGAUGACUUAGCAAGGUUGUUCCCAAAGUCACUUGAUAGGAUUCUUCAAAUAAAUACGGCCUUUUUAAAUGCAAUUCGUAAGGUCAUGGAUCAAACAGAGGAAGAUGCAAUGCAGGAUCUUGAAGCUCCGGCCGUAAGCUCCUCUACAUCUCGAGGUAGCGUUUCUGGGAGACUCAAAGAUCCGACAGGUGCACUUGCGUUUGCUAGAAUUCUUUUGGAGUGGCUUCCUCAAUUUUCCGACUGCUAUCAAGACUAUAUUAAAGCCAGUCAGAGUUUUCCGCAGAUCAUCACGUCAUUUCUAAAACAGCAUUCUAGUAUAUCUAGACGGGUACAGAAGACGGGAGAGCAGCAACUCCGGUCAGCAAUUAUCGAACCGGUUCAGAGGCUGCCUCGAUACAGUCUUUUCAUAGAUAACAUUAUCAAUUUUCUACCUGUUUCCCAUCCCGCUCUUCAACCCAUGCUUAAAGCUCGAGAUAUAGUCAUAUCUAUAUGCUCUUUAGACCCCCCUGAAGCGGAUAAGUCUCAACUAGUAGCCCGACUACAAAAUCUUGUCGAAUCCUGGCCAACUUCACUGGCUCCCCAAGGCCGCCUCGUAGCAGCUGUAGACUUCCUUGAGUCUCCCACUACCCAUAACAGUAUUCCCACUUCGAAUUAUUUUGAAGGAAUUUUUCUUCUUUUCACGGAUCAAAUAGUUUUUGUUAAAAAAUUACCAUCAUGCAGUCUCUCUGCUCGCGGUAUUUUGGCUGAAAUUGAUAUGCUAUCUAAAUCUGCAAUGUUAACGAAUAUUUCAACCUCUGGAGGUGUGCAUCGAAAAGCAUAUGAAAUUUCUUUUUCUAGCUCUUAUAGUUUGGGAGAAAUCCGCUUUACAACGUCGGAUGAUGGUCGUAGUAUUACUAUGAUUUUGCUUCAGAAUAUAACAAAUACUAAGAUAGGAAAGGAGUGCUACCCGCUAGCUCCAGCAGCGCGGGUAUUUAUCCUUCAGGGAGGAUAUGAAGGCAAAGGCUUAAAAUUGACUGAAGAAAUUACAAAGGCUCGAAUUGAAGGAAGAUUUUCUGAAGUUGACAGGGAGUCAGAUAAAUGGUGCAUGAGAUCUACAAAAUCGACUAGUGCUGAUAUAAAUUUCCAUUCAGCUAUAUUUGAGGAUGGAAUAGAUACAAUAUCCGAGUCUCGUAGAGAACUAGCUCCUAUUCGUAUCUUAAUUGACCACCAGAAAGGGAACAAAGAAGCCCUUAUCGGACAGCGCGGUGUCGAAGUUAUUGCAAAAAUUUCAACCUCGACUAACGGGAAAAGUCACAGGCUAGAAUUCUGUGGUCUAAAUGAAAAAGUCUUUGUGGAUGAAUUUUCAGCCGAGAAAUUUCUUUGUAUCUUUUUAAAGCGUGUUGCUUUUUUUCUUCGAUCUCAACACGACCCAAGUAACAUAUACCUCACUAGUACCCUAGUUUCUUCAAAUAUCGCGAUUUUGAAAUCUCUUCAGAUUCAAUGUGAAGGUGAAAAACAAAGAUCAUUUAAGUCCGGUUCCCCGGUGAAAUUGUUAUCGAGCUUCUUCAACGGCUCGACGACCUCCGCGUCUGUAUCUAGGUAUUCACGAAAUUCGACCUAUGGUAACUUGACAUCUAUAAAUCGAAGUAAUAGCAACAAGUCUAUAAACACGGGACAAGAUAUUGAUAAUCGGGCUAGUACCCGAUCUACUAUGAAUGAGGCACCAGAAAAUUAUUUCACUAGGUUAGAAGAGACCUUUGCAGCUUAUGUAACCGCAAUUUCCUCUCGUAGAGGCAAUAUUGUCGGACGAGCCUUGAGGAAUCGUGCCAUGGCAGAUGAACUAGCUGUUAAUGCCAUAUAUAAUACCUUUAUAGAAAACCCACUUGACCAGCGCGCCGCCUCUGAGGCCACAGUUGAUGUCCUUUUUAUGGCAUUUGAAAAGUACCUACGAAUGGCAUGGAAAGAAGAGAUGGGAGAUGUAAUUUCCGUACAGAGUUUAGACGAAAUGCAGUUGCAGGCUUUUCGCUUGGCUUCAGAUGAUUUUGCUGAGUACGUUCGACUGAUACUGAGUGAAAUGACCCCUCAGAAUCGACGUGCCUUGAUUGCUAUCAUGAAGCUUCUCGCAGAGCUCCUCGAUGCCUGCAGUAAUGAUGGUGAUCGAGGUGCCAUGACUGCUGUAUUCUCUGAGUUACUUGUUGUAGAAGGGGAUCCCCACGACUACAUAAAUCUACUUGAUAGGCUGGUUUCGGAUCAGAAAAGGCUUUUUGAGACUAUAGGGCCCGGUGGUAUUGGUGGAGAAUGUAAUAAGUCUUUGCGUGGCUCAACUUAUAGCACUCGAAAUAACCCUUCUGCUACAGCCUCAAUCGCAUCCAAUACCUCUUCGUUUCGGAAAAAGUUUGCAGAUACACUACUUCGUCAAAAUAGUGUAAGCGAUCGAGCUUCAGUAUGGCGAACGCUCAGCAAAAGUAACCGUAGUAUAGCAACUGGCGAGCAAAUUAACCAAAGUAGUCUUUCUAAAGCAGCACUAAGUCGUUCUCGAUCAAUAGAAUCCCCGGCCCGCAGACAAGCAUUGAAAGAUCGGCCAACAGUGCUUGGCGCGUUUGAAGACCGCCCCCCAAGCUCACUAGAGUCAACUAAAAUCUCCGCUCCUACCAAUGAAUUGUCAGCCCAUGAGAUAAACGUUACCAGAUCAACCAAAAAAAAACGUCGCAGCUCCCUUUCAGACCUUAAAACACUUCUUUCUCAAGAAAAUUUGGGCCCAGCUGUAAAUUCCUCAGCUGCAGCUAAAAUUUAUAGGUCCAACAGAGAGAAACCCCAUUCUUCACUUCGAACGCCAUCUCCUACUAAAAUCCCAAUCUUAUCUGGACCCAUGGAAAUCGCACGGCCUAAUUCACACCGUAUUGGCUCACCUGUUACUAAGGAAAAGUUAGUUUCUUCGUCAACUCAUAAAAGUACCGGAUGUGUGACAGAAUAUUCCCGAAAUAUAGCUUCACCACCACCAAACUCAACCUCAGAUGUUGUCCUUAUCAAGGACCUAUGGAUAACUCCUUCUCAUAAAAAAACGAUAUCUACAUCAACUACAAAUAUUCCUGUACUUCAAAGUCGCCCUCUCGCCACCUCGGUAACUAUUUCUCGCCGCCCUAUUGGUGUACAUAGAUCACCCCCUAAGCUACGUAUUCAGUCACCCCAAAAGUUAAGAGAACGGCUUCAAACCGAAGCAAAUGCUAUAAAAAAUGCCGAAGCAGAUGUGCAUUCUGAAUUAUCAAAAAUUGGGUCAGAAUUGUCCCAGCUUCAUAGCAGAGAUACUCCUUUAUACCAAUCAACUCUUCUAUCUUCUCUCCAGUCUUCUCUCUCAUCACUAUCUGUUCGGUUUCCUUCUGUUAUAGCCGAUCUUACUGCUCGCCACGAGGUAGUAGCUGUUGAUGUUGAACAGUCUUUGCAGGCGUUAGAGUCUAAGGUUGAGGGCUUGGACCGUUUGUAUCACGAAGCAACUGCAGAAAAUGAGCUACUAUACGAACGAUUUAUUAGCGAGCUAUCGAAAAUUAUCAAGUCUAUGAAGGGAGGAAUGGAUAUCGAUAUUUGUCACGGAACUGGAACAACAACAUCGAAAAACGAAAGAUGUGAUAGUGGAGAUUUGGUUGAAAAGUUACGCGACGCGAUUGAAGAGACGGCUCGAAUCAAAAAGGAAAACUUUCGCUUAAAGCGGGAAGUAUUAAGUCUUCGAACUCUGCUGAAAGAUAAUGAACAAAUCAAAGAGCAUAGCCACUAA